UGAUCCGGUGCUGCACGAGCCAGGCAUGGGAAACAGCCUCUUUGCAAACUGCUGCAGGCAAGUCACCGAUCUCCUCUUCCAGCCACGCAGCUCUGGCUCACCCGAUGAGAGGUCGCCUCUCUUGCCAAAGUCUCCCACAAGCUGCAGUGUCGUCUCGGAGACGCCAGAAGCUGCCCAAUGUGCUGGGCUGUAUCCUGACAUCAUCCCCAGUGAGGCGGUGACUGGAAGCCUGCAGAAGGGCACUGGAUACAUCCAAGACCUCUCUGAGACCAAGGACAAAGAAGGAAUGAUGACAGUUUGUGAUAAGAGCGGUUCGAGACCUGGCGUUGGCACUGUUGGCCUGCUCCAGCGGACAGAGGCAUCCCAUGCAGUGACUGUCCUUCCAGCCGACCUUGGGGACAGGCCGGCAGGGCUGGUUGAUCAUGCUCAGUCACUUGAGGCCUGCCAGAGCUGUGUGAAACUUGAGGACAGCGGCUUAGCCCACAGACGGUGCCGCCGGCAGGAGCACGUGGCAGCAGCUGACGGCAGAGCGGGCCCUGGAGCGCAUUCCGCUGGCCAGGGCCAGGGGCGAGCGGCCGUGCGCCCGCACGCAGCCUUGGGGCCUCCCACAGCUCCUGCUCCCUCCCCAGGGAGCCCUGGCACACCCUCCUCUGCUCUGCCAGCCCGGGCAGGGAAAGCCCUGCCAGCUCAAACUGCACUUGUGCUGCCUGUUCCCCCUGGUGAGGUGUCACCUGAGGCUCAGAACACAAGUGCUGGUUCUGUGACAGAGCCUACUGCCUGCCCCAGCAGAAGGUCAAGCUCCGAUGCUGAUUCCCAGGCCCACGUUCUGCCCUCAAAGCAGCAGCAGAAGAAGAAGAGGAAGAAAAAGAAGCUUCCUCUCCCAGAGCACCCGUCUGGCGUGGCACUGAUGAAUGGCAGCGGCCCGCAUGACAGCCUCAAGGGCGACAAGGAUGCCAAGCAGAAUGGCCACGAGGAGGCUGAGCCGGGAGAAGAUGGGAACGACCAGGAGGUCAUCGUCAUCCAGGACACGGGAUUCACUGUCAAGAUCUGUGCACCAGGGAUAGAGCCCUUUUCCCUGCAGGUUUCUCCUCAAGAGAUGGUGCAAGAAAUCCAUCAAGUUUUGAUGGACCGGGAGGAUACCUGCCAUCGGACCUGCUUCUCCCUGCAGCUGGAUGGCAACGUCCUGGAUAACUUUGCUGAGCUGAAGACGAUUGAAGGACUGCAGGAGGGCUCACUGCUGAAAGUGGUGGAAGAGCCGUACACGGUGCGAGAAGCCAGGAUACACGUGCGCCACAUUCGGGACCUUCUGAAGAGUCUGGACCCAUCAGAUGCUUUCAAUGGUGUGGACUGUAACUCGUUGUCCUUCCUGAGUGUCUUCACUGAAGGAGACCUGGGAGACAGUGGAAAAAGGAAGAAGAAAGGUACCGAAAUGGAACAAAUUGACUGCACCCCUCCUGAACAUAUCCUGCCAGGUAGCAAAGAGAGGCCCCUGUGUGCCCUUCAGCCCCAGAACAGAGACUGGAAGCCUUUGCAGUGCCUGAAGGUGCUGACGAUGAGCGGCUGGAACCCUCCGCCCGGGAACCGCAAGAUGCACGGCGACCUCAUGUACCUGUACGUGAUCACGGUGGAGGAUCGGCACGUCAGCAUCACUGCCUCCACGCGGGGAUUCUAUCUGAAUCAGUCUACUGCAUACAACUUCAAUCCCAAACCUGCAAACCCUAGUUUUCUCAGUCAUUCCUUGGUGGAACUACUUAACCAGAUCAGCCCUACCUUCAAAAAAAACUUCUCUGCUCUGCAGAAGAAACGGGUUCAGAGACACCCCUUUGAGAGGAUAGCCACUCCUUUCCAAGUGUACAGCUGGACGGCCCCACAGGCAGAGCACGCCAUGGACUGUGUCCGGGCAGAGGACGCCUACACCUCCAGGCUGGGCUACGAGGAGCACAUACCUGGACAGACUAGAGACUGGAAUGAGGAGCUGCAGACCACACGGGAGCUGCCACGCAAGAACCUGCCUGAGAGGCUGCUGAGAGAACGAGCCAUUUUCAAGGUUCACAGUGACUUCACUGCAGCAGCAACACGAGGUGCUAUGGCUGUCAUUGAUGGCAAUGUCAUGGCCAUCAACCCCAGCGAGGAGACCAAGAUGCAGAUGUUCAUCUGGAACAACAUUUUCUUCAGCCUGGGCUUUGACGUCCGUGACCACUACAAGGACUUUGGUGGAGACGUUGCUGCUUACGUGGCUCCCACCAAUGAUCUCAACGGUGUGCGGACCUACAACGCUGUGGAUGUGGAAGGGCUGUACACGCUGGGGACUGUCGUGGUGGAUUACAGAGGUUACAGGGUGACGGCUCAGUCUAUUAUCCCUGGCAUCUUGGAGCGGGAGCAGGAACAGAGUGUCAUCUAUGGGUCAAUAGACUUUGGCAAGACAGUUGUGUCGCACCCCAAGUACCUGGAGCUGCUGGAGAAGACCAGCAGGCCGCUGAAGAUCCAGAAGCACAAAGUUCUCAACGACAAGAAUGAGGAGGUGGAGCUGUGCUCCUCAGUAGAGUGCAAAGGCAUUAUUGGCAACGAUGGGCGUCACUACAUCCUGGACCUGCUACGCACUUUCCCUCCAGAUCUAAACUUCCUGCCUGUUGAAGGGGAGGAGAUGCCAGAGGAAUGUAAGAAAAUGGGGUUCCCCAAGCAGCACAGACACAAGCUUUGCUGUCUUCGUCAAGAGCUUGUUGAUGCCUUUGUAGAACACAGGUAUCUCUUAUUCAUGAAGCUGGCUGCACUGCAGCUGAUGCAGCAGAAAGCCAACAAGCAGGAGAGCUCAGCUGCGCUGGAAAAUGGAGCCUCUGCAGAGAAUGGUGCCGCAGACAGCGAGAGGCCCGAGUCAGAGGAUGGGAAAACGGAGGACAGCGUGACUGGGCUGGAUCAGGUGAAGGAGCUGGCGGAGACCAUCGCGUCCGACGACGGAACAGUGGAUCCCAAAAGCAGAGAAGUGAUUCGGAAUGCUUGCAAGGCUGUAGGCUCCAUUAGUGACACAUCAUUUGAUAUUCGGUUUAACCCAGAUAUUUUCUCACCAGGUGUUCGCUUCCCGGAGUCGAGCAGAGAGGAGGUGCAGGAUCAGAAGCAGCUGCUGAAGGACGCUGCUGCGUUCCUGCUGUCCUGCCAGAUCCCAGGCUUGGUGAAGGACUGCCUGGAUCACACGGUGCUCCCCAUGGAUGGGGCCACCUUGGCUGAGGCCAUGCACCAGAGGGGCAUCAACAUGCGUUACCUGGGCAAGGUGAUCAACUUCAUCACCAAGACCCCUGGCCAUGCACAGCUGGAUCACAUCUUUAAAAUUGGAAUCAGUGAAUUGAUCACUCGAUCAGCCAAACACAUCUUCAAGACGUACCUCCAGGGUGUGGAGCUGUCAGGUUUAUCUGCUGCCAUCAGUCACUUCCUGAAUUGUUUUCUGAGCUCCUUCCCAAAUCCCAUUGCCCAUCUUCCAGCUGAUGAGCUGGUCUCCAAGAAGAGGAACAAGAAACGGAAAAACAGGAACCUUGGCAAUGCUGAUAACACUGCCUGGGCAAGCAUGACCCCUCAGGAGCUAUGGAAGAAUAUUUGUUCAGAAGCAAAGAACUAUUUUGAUUUCAGUCUUGAAUGUGAGAAUGCUGACCAAGCAGCUGAAGUGUAUAAUCUACAGAAAAUCACCCUGCUCCGUGAAAUCUCCCUCAAAACUGGAGUCCAGAUCCUGCUGAAGGAGUACAACUUCGACAACAGGCACAAGCCCACUUUCACAGAAGAGGAUAUUCUUAACAUCUUCCCUGUAGUGAAGCAUGUAAACCCCAAAGCCUCUGAUGCUUUCCACUUCUUCCAGAGCGGGCAAGCAAAAGUUCAGCAAGGUUUCUUGAAGGAGGGCUGUGAGCUCAUCAAUGAAGCCUUAAACCUGUUCAACAAUGUGUAUGGUGCUAUGCAUGUGGAAAUCUGUGCCUGCCUGAGGCUGCUAGCUCGGCUCAACUAUAUCAUGGGAGAUUACUCAGAGGCCUUAAGCAAUCAGCAGAAAGCGGUGCUAAUGAGUGAGAGGGUCCUGGGCAUCGAACACCCCAACACCAUCCAAGAAUAUAUGCAUCUGGCCCUGUACUGCUUUGCAAACAGCCAACUCUCCACAGCACUGAACCUGCUGUACCGUGCACGCUACCUCAUGCUGUUGGUAUUUGGGGAGGAUCACCCAGAAAUGGCACUCUUAGAUAACAACAUUGGCCUGGUGCUCCAUGGGGUCAUGGAGUACGACCUGUCCCUGCGGUUCCUGGAGAACGCCUUGGCCAUCAGCUCCAAGUACCACGGCUCCAAGUCUCUGAAGGUUGCACUGAGCCACCACCUGGUUGCCCGAGUGUACGAGAGCAAAGCAGAGUUCCGGUCGGCUCUGCAGCACGAGAAAGAAGGCUACACCAUCUACAAGAAUCAGCUCGGUGAACACCAUGAAAAGACCAAAGAGAGCUCUGAGUACUUGAAAUACCUGACACAGCAAGCGGUCGCUCUGCAGCGCACAAUGAACGAGAUCUACAAGAACGGCUCCAAUGCCAACAUCAUGCCCCUGAAGUUCACAGCUCCCAGUAUGGCCAGUGUCCUGGAGCAGCUGAACAUUAUCAAUGGAAUUCUCUUCAUUCCACUAAGCCAAAAAGACUUGGAGAACCUUAAAGCCGAGGUGCAGCGACGCCAGCAGCUCCAGGAAAGCAUGAAAAGUGGGGAACAGCUGGAAGCAGAGGACAAAGCUGUGGAGGAGAAAGAGGCUGAGCCGAGCAUGCCUUCUGCUGCCAUCCCCUUAACACAGAGCUCUGCUUAACGUGUACCUCGCUUUAAAAAAAAAAAAGUUUAAACCACCCUUUUCUGAAUCCGGCCCAGGGCCUUAGCUGCCUUCGGAGCAGCUCCUCCUUUUUGACAAUGUUAUUGCACUGGUACAAUUAAUACACAAUGCAAAGAACUAAUCUGAGCAAUGUAAUCUGUGUGCCCAAGGCUGUGUCUGCCACGCGAGGGGAAGUGGCCGGAGGCAGCACAGACCCGUCCUGGGCGCGGGGCCCUCCUGCCGUGUGUGUGUCCGUGUCGUGUGUGUGCGCAGCAGUUAUUUCUACUUUGUACAUAUGAAUUCCAAAUGAACUGUCUGGAGGAAUGUAA